AUGGCUCAAGUGAAGCAGCAACACGUGAGGCUGUGGUGCUCCCUCCUGCUCACCCUCCUCUCAUGCCUGCACUACCCCGCUGAAGGUGCUUCUCCUCUGGUCGCCAGCCUCCACCCCACCCCUGAACAGGAGUGUGAAGGCUCAUGGCAUGAUGUGUGUGGAGUGUGUGCUGGCAAUAGCUCCUCCUGUGAGCUGGUCAGUGGAACGUUCUCGCUCUCUGUGCUUCCUGUGGGGUACCAUAGAGUCCUAGAGAUCCCCUCAGGAGCACGGCAAAUCAAAAUACAGGAGACCGUCAAGAGCAGGAACUACCUCGCUCUCAGGACUCCUACAGGUCAGUCAGUCAUUAAUGGGAACUGGGCCAUCGAUCGCCCGGGACACUUUCAGGCUGCUGGGACUCAGUUCACAUACCAGCGGCCCAAUGAGAUCCGCAGCCGUGCUGGAGAAUCCAUCACUGCUCAUGGGCCACUGAGUCAGGAUUUACACCUGUAUGUAAUCUACCAGCAGCCUAACCCCAGCAUUAGCUAUGAAUACAUAAGGCCAAAAGUCCACCUCCUGAGGACACACAGCACAGAUAGUCACACACACUCUCAUAUACUUCCUCUUGUGGAGACUCGUGUAGUUGAUGACAAUCGGCUGCCCUCAGACCCCAUCACUCCAAAGCCCCUCCCACUUUACACCUGGGUUGCCAUGACAACUGCACCUUGCAGCACCACCUGUGGGAUAGGUAAGCGUCAGAUAUGGUUUCGCUGUGUGGAGAGGGCGACUCAGAUCACUGUCCCAGGAGACUUCUGUAACCACACCCUUCGCCCUGCACCUCAAGAGGAGAAGUGCUCCAUCCAACACUGUCCUGCGUUUUGGGAUGUGGGUGAGUGGUCUGAAUGCAGUAGGACAUGUGGUCUGGGACUCCAGAAUCGCCAGGUCCUCUGUCGCCAGACUCGGGGUCACCAUGGGAACGUCACUGUCACAGUAACCGUGGAGAUGCAGAAAUGCAGCCACACUGAGAUGCCAGAGACGGCUGUGCCAUGCCAGCUGAAGAUCUGCAGUGAGUGGCAGAUCCAAACGGAAUGGACAGAGUGCUCAGUGCCCUGUGGGGUGGGCCAGCGCAGCAGAGAGGUGGAGUGUGUGUCCAGCCUGGGUGAUGUGGAAGAUGAUGACCAGUGCAAUCUAGCACUUAAACCACCCCACCUGCAGAACUGUGACAUGGGAUCUUGUGCUCGCAGCUGGUACUACUCCACCUGGAGCCAGAGAUGCUCGGCGGACUGUGGUUCUGGCUGGCGCAGUAGGUCAGUGGCGUGUAUUGACAGUGCUGUGAGCGUUCUGCCACUAGAUGGCUGUGAGGGAGAGAGGCCAGCUGAGCGAAGCGUUUGUGACUUGGGGUCAUGUCAACACAGAGUAGAAUGGUACACGGGACCCUGGGGACAGUGUUCAUCAGAGUGUGGCAAUGGCACGCAAAGUCGGGGUGUGCUGUGUGUUCUUCAGAGCCACAUCCAGUGGGACGUGACCUCUGACACCAACUGCUCACACCUGCCCCGCCCUCCUGACACACAGACCUGUCAUUUGGGCUCGUGCGGAGCACAGUGGUACCUAACAGACUGGAGCAGUUGCUCUCGCUCCUGUGAGGGUGGCUAUCGAGUGCGGGAGGUGCGUUGCCUGGGUGAUGACAUGACCCCGACUGACGGCUGUGACCCCUCUUUGGCUCCAGAGAGUCGUGAGGAGUGCAACACACAGCCUUGCCCGUCUGACAGCGACGAGUCCUGCCGAGACCUCUACUUCAACUGUGAGGUGGUGGUGCAGGCGCAGCUGUGUGUGUACAACUACUACCGCACGGCCUGCUGCGCCUCCUGUUCCCGUGGCAGCAAGAGGGACUCGCAUCCUGGUGUAAGAUGAUCCCACAGGGGGGUCUCAUCCGCCACUAGAGGUCAUCUGACACUCCACCCUACUCCAGUGCUUACCUGCACGGUGCUAGCUUGAGGGACCAGGUGAUGCUCAUGGUGACCAGAUGCUAGUCUGCUCAGGGCUGCUGCAGCAUCAGAGAGCAGCUACACUCAUCUGCUGUGGACUGUACUGUCCACCGCUGUUCCACAUCCUUACCCAACACCAGGGUCAUCACAAAUAGUCAUGUCAGAUUUGUCUUGAGAAAAUGGACCAAAGAAAUGAAUGCUAUUUUCUCCCACUUGAAUUCCCGUAAAACCAUUUUAACUGUAUCUAUUGAAUGUUUCUCUAAACAGCAGAGCCGUUCUUUAAUAAAAUGUUUUAAACAGAUACUCUUUCAG